AAGUUGCUUUGUUUUGCUUCAAGAUGGCCGCGGGGAUGUAUUUGGAACAUUAUCUGGACAGUAUUGAAAACCUCCCCUUUGAACUCCAGAGAAACUUUCAGCUCAUGAGAGACCUGGACCAAAGGACAGAGGAAGCACUAGAUACCAUCUAUGGCCUUCCUUGGAAGUUGAACAAGUUUGGCUGCAUUGAGGCAUUCACUGGGAGCCUGAGGCUACACUGCAGUGGUCAGACCUGAAGGCUGAAAUUGACAAGUUGGCCACUGAGUAUAUGAGUAGCGCCCGCAACCUGAGCUCCGAAGAAAAAUUGGCCCUUCUCAAACAGAUCCAGGAAGCCUAUGGCAAGUGCAAGGAAUUUGGUGACGACAAGGUGCAGCUUGCCAUGCAGACCUAUGAGAUGGUGGACAAACACAUUCGGCGACUGGACACAGACCUGGCUCGUUUUGAGGCUGAUUUGAAGGAGAAGCAGAUUGAGUCAAGUGACUAUGACAGCUCUUCCAGCAAAGGCAAAAAGAAAGGCCGAACUCAAAAGGAGAAGAAAGCUGCCCGUGCUCGUUCUAAAGGGAAAAACUCGGAUGAAGAAGCCCCCAAGGCUGCCCAGAAGAAGCUAAAACUUGUACGCACAAGUCCUGAGUAUGGGAUGCCCUCAGUGACCUUUGGCAGUGUCCACCCCUCUGAUGUGCUGGAUAUGCCUGUGGAUCCCAACGAACCCACCUAUUGCCUUUGUCACCAGGUCUCCUACGGAGAGAUGAUUGGCUGUGACAAUCCUGAUGUGAGAACAAUUUUGCCUCAGGAUGGCGGGUUCUGGGGACAUGAGUGUUCCAUCGAGUGGUUCCACUUUGCCUGUGUGGGGCUGACAACCAAGCCUCGGGGGAAAUGGUUUUGCCCACGCUGUUCCCAAGAACGGAAGAAGAAAUAGAUAAGGGCUUUGAAUUCUGACAUAGUUUCUUCCACAUCCCCUGACCUGGACUAGUGGGGAGAGGAAUGCCUGUGCUGGGCCAGAGGGUUCAGGGAGAAGUGAAUGGUGCAGUGUUGCCAUCCUUUCUCCUCCCCUGUCCCCACUACUGGUGCUGAGGCUGCAUUCAGAGCCUAGUAGAGAGGAAUUCCGUAGCCACUAAGGGUAUAUGCUCUCAUCCAGCCCUCCCCCUUCAGAAGGAAGUGGUCUUGCCCGCUGUCCUUUGCCUCCAUGCUGAGGUAGGUGCUGUAUUUCCAAGGGAUGGUCCUCUUUACCCCCCUGGCUUUGUAUUUAAGGACUGGGGCAAUGGCAUGGGGGCACUCCCCCAACCCUCCCAAUUCCCCCCACCCUGUGAGGGGCUAUGGUAUAUAAACUUUCAUUGUUAUCUUCCUUUUUCCAUGGUGGGGGCUAACCCAGCUUGUCUGGGCUGAAGCCCUACUUGAAGGGCCACCCCUUCCUCUGUGCCAAGAGGCUUUGUCCUGGCCUUGUGAAUGGGAGAGGGGGCAAGGUGGAAUGCAAAUAAGCCACAUGUAAAGGAACUUGGGUAGGUGAAUAAAAGCUAUACCCAUUG